UUAGCCCCCGCCCCUGUCUCCUCUCGGCCUCGGCUGCCGUCGCUCUCCGCGGGAAGCUGUGCCUCCGCUGCUCUCCGGGCCCGCUGGGAUCGCUUCUGCCUCCGCGAAGUGAGUUUGCUGGCGCGGGAGCCGCGGCGGGCGGGCGGGCGCAGCCAUGCCGAGCGGUAAGGAGACACGGCUGCUGCACCUCGGCGAGAUGGAGAAGCUGGACAAGACCCUCUUCAGGCUGGAGCAGGGUUUUGAGCUGCAGUUCCGAUUGGGCCCCACCCUUCAAGGCAAGCCUGUGACUGUGUACACAAAUUACCCGGCUUCUGGAGAAGUGUUUGAUCGCCACAAGUUCAGGACGCUACCAUGGCACAAUCCCACGGGAAAAGAAGAUGAUUCUGACAAAUACUGCAAGCUGGAUCUCCAAAUUUCUGGGUCGUACCAGUACCAUUUCAGUCUUGGAAAUGAAAAGAGUGGUGGAGGUUACAUCGUUGUGGAUCCUAUUCUGCACGUUGGAGCCGAUAACCAUGUGUUGCCUUUGGACUGUGUUACGCUUCAGACCUUCCUCGCCAAGUGUCUGGGACCCUUUCAGGAAUGGGAAGAUAGGCUUAAAGUUGCAAAAGAAACAGGUUACAACAUGAUUCAUUUUACACCACUGCAGAAGCUUGGACUGUCAAGAUCAUGUUACUCACUGGCUGAUCAGUUAGAAGUAAAUCCCGAGUUUUCAAGCCAUAAUAAGAAGUGCACUUGGAGUGAUAUAGGAGCUCUUGUGGAAAAAAUGAAAAAUGAAUGGAAUAUGCUUUGCAUCACAGAUGUAGUCUACAAUCACACUGCUACUAACAGUGAAUGGCUCAGGAUGCAUCCGGAAUGUGGCUAUAACCUUGUAAAUUCUCCUCACCUGAAACCGGCUUGGGUCCUGGAUAGAGCUCUGUGGCACUUGACCUGUAUGGUGGCUGAUGGAAAAUGUAUUGCUAAAGGGGUUCCACCCUCAAUAGAAAACGAUCAUCAUCUGAACAAUAUCCGAAAAAUAAUUUGGGAAGACAUAUACCCAAAAAUUAAACUGUGGGAAUUUUUCCAAGUGGAUGUGAACAAAGCCGUGCAGCAAUUUAAAACCCUUCUAACUCAAGGCAAAAUGAGCAGCAAAACUGAUCCAAAUCAACAUCUUCAGAUAGUUCAGGACCCUGAUUAUAGACGAUUUGGCUGUACUGUAGAUAUGAAUAUAGCAUUGGCAACAUUCAUACCACACAGCAAUGGACCAGCUGCAAUUGAAGAGUGCUGUAACUGGUUUCGCAAGAGGAUUGAGGAACUGAAUGCUGAACAAUACAGACAAACUAAUCACCAUCAAGAGCAGGCUGUCAAUUGUCUCGUGGGGACCGUGGUUUAUGAACGACUGGCUGGCCAUGGUCCUAAGCUGGGUCCUAUCACUAGAAAAUACCCUUUAGUUACCAGGUAUUUUACUUACCCGUUCAAAGAGUUGACUGUGGAGGAAGAAGAAACUAUGAUACAUCAGCCAGAUAAAGCUUGUUACUUCAUGGCUCACAAUGGCUGGGUUAUGGGAGAUGAUCCUCUCAGAAACUUUGCGGAACCAGGUUCAAAUGUUUACUUGAGAAGAGAGCUUAUUUGUUGGGGAGACAGUGUGAAACUGCGUUAUGGUAACAAACCUGAAGACUGCCCGUACCUCUGGGAACACAUGAAAAAAUACACUGAAAUCACUGCCAGACACUUCCAUGGCGUUCGUCUUGACAACUGUCACUCGACACCAAUUCAUGUAGCUGAGUACAUGCUGGACACAGCUAGAAAAUUGCGAGCCGAUUUGUAUGUAGUGGCUGAGCUGUUCACAGGAAAUGAGGAGCUGGACAAUAUCUUUGUGAACAGGCUGGGCAUUAGCUCCUUAAUAAGAGAGGCAAUGACAGCUUACAACAGCCACGAGGAGGGAAGGCUGGUUUAUCGUUUUGGUGGGGAGCCCGUUGGCUCUUUUGUUCAGCCACGUUUGAGGCCUUUGGUGCCAGCGAUUGCUCAUGCUCUCUUCAUGGAUAUUACACAUGAUAAUGAAUGCCCAAUUCAGCACCGCUCCGCGUAUGAUGCUCUGCCUAGUGCAAUGAUCGUUUCCAUGGCAUGCUGUGCUACAGGGAGCACCAAAGGCUACGAUGAACUAGUGCCACACCAGAUCUCUGUGGUAUCUGAAGAAAGGUUUUAUUCAAAAUGGAAUCCAGCAGCACAUCUGUCUUCUGGUGAAGUUAAUUUCCAAACAGGAAUUCUAGCAGGAAGGCUAGCCAUAAACAGGCUGCAUCAAGAGCUGGGGGCUAAAGGCUUUAAUCAGGUGUACGUAGAUCAAGUUGACGAAGACAUAGUGGCUGUGACAAGGCACUGCCCUAACACACACCAGUCUGUUGUGGCUGUGAGUCGAACUGCCUUCAGGGAUCCUAAAACUUCCUUCUACAGUAAAGAAGUACCUGAAAUGUGUAUCCCAGGUAAUUGGAUUUCUUUUCAAGAGAUGGCAGGAAAAAUAGAAGAAGUAGUACUUGAGGCCAGGACUGUUGAGAGAAAAGCUAGGCCUUACGAGAAAGAUCAACGCUUUGUAAAUGGGUUGCCUAAUUUCACAGUGGAACUCCGAGAGCAUAUCCAGGUUAAAGACAGUAAAAUCAUAAAGCAAGCUGGAACUGCCAUAAAAGGGCCAAAUGAAUUUGUCCAAGAAAUAGAAUUUGAAAGAUUAACACCAGGAAGCAUAAUAGUAUUCAGGGUUAGCCUUGACCCAAAGGCUCAGGAAGCUGUUGGUGUACUCCGCAAUCACUUGAUCCAGUUCAGCCCUCAUUUCAAAUCCGGAAGUCUUCCUGAUGACCAUUCAGCCCCUGUAUUAAAAACAUUGUUUUCUUCCAUUGCAUCUAAACUAACUUUGGCUGACCUAAAUCAAGUUCUGUAUAGAUGUGAAGCAGAAGAACAAGAAGAUGGUGGAGGUUGUUACAACAUACCUAACUGGUCACCACUGAAGUAUGCAGGCCUCCAAGGGUUAAUGUCAGUGAUGGCAGACAUUAGGCCAAAGAAUGACUUGGGUCACCCACUUUGUGAUAAUUUAAGAUCUGGAGACUGGAUGAUUGAUUACGUCAGUAAUCGUCUGAUUUCACGUGCAGGAGCCUGUGCAGAAGUUGGUAAGUGGUUGAAGGCCAUGUUUGUCUACCUGAAGAGAAUCCCACGUUACCUAAUUCCUUGUUACUUUGAUGCCAUAUUAGUGGGUGCAUACACGACUCUUCUGGACGUGGGAUGGCAUCAGAUGUCUAGUUUUGUGCAGAAUGGAUCAACGUUUGUCAAACACCUCGCCAUGGGUUCAGUCCAGAUGUGUGGGAUAGGAAAAUAUUCUUGUCUGCCAGAUCUGUCUCCUUCCUUACAUGAUGUUCCCUACAGAUUGAAUGAGAUUACAAAUGAGAAAGAGCAGUACUGUGUUUCCUUGGCAGCUGGUUUACCUCACUUUUCCUCUGGAAUUUUUCGCUCGUGGGGAAGAGAUACCUUUAUUGCAUUGAGAGGUCUGAUGUUAGUUACUGGGCGCUAUCUGGAAGCAAGAAACAUCAUUUUAGCAUUUGGUGGGACUUUAAGACAUGGUCUCAUUCCCAAUCUGCUCGGCCAGGGGACACACGCCAGAUACAACUGUCGUGAUGCUGUUUGGUGGUGGCUUCAGUGUAUCCAGGACUACUGUAAAAUGGUUCCAAAUGGAAUAGACAUUCUCAGGUGUCCUGUUUCUAGGAUGUACCCAAGAGAUGAUUCUUCUCCUCAGCCUGCUGGCACUAUGGAUCAGCCACUUUAUGAAGUGAUACAGGAAGCGAUGCAGCGACAUGCGGAAGGCAUAAAUUUCCGAGAGAGGAAUGCUGGGUCUCAGAUAGAUCAAAACAUGAGAGAUGAAGGUUUCAAUGUAACUGCAGGUGUUGACCAUGAAACAGGAUUUGUCUUUGGAGGGAACCGCUUCAAUUGUGGCACUUGGAUGGAUAAAAUGGGAGAGAGUGACAGAGCUCGCAACAAAGGAAUUCCAGCUACACCAAGAGAUGGCUCUGCUGUGGAAAUUGUUGGCCUGUGCAAGUCAGCUGUCCGCUGGUUGCUGGAUUUAUCUGGGAAGAAUGUUUUUCCAUUCCGUGGAGUCACUGUAAAAAGACAUGGAAAGGAAGAGACUCUCACAUACGAUGAGUGGAACAGAAAAAUUCAAGGGCACUUUGAGAGGCUGUUCUUUGUCUCUGAGAACCCAGCAGAUCCCAAUGAAAAACAUCCAGAGCUAGUACACAAACGUGGAAUUUAUAAGGACAGCUAUGGAGCUUCAAGUCCGUGGUGUGAUUACCAGCUCAGGCCAAACUUCACAAUAGCAAUGGUUGUGGCCCCUGAGUUGUUCUCACCUGAAAGAGCUUGGAAAUCUCUGCAGAUAGCAGAGGAAAAGCUGCUUGGUCCAUUAGGCAUGAAAACCUUAGACCCAGAUGAUAUGGUUUACUGUGGAGUAUAUGAUAAUGCUCUUGACAAUGACAACUAUAAUGUAGCCAGAGGUUUUAAUUAUCACCAAGGACCUGAAUGGCUGUGGCCAAUUGGAUAUUUUCUUCGUGCCAAAUUGUACUUCUCAAAGCUGAUUGGUCCAGAGAUCUAUGCAAAAACUGUAGUUAUGGUUAAGAAUGUCCUUUCUCGCCACUAUGUUCACCUUGAAAGAUCAUCCUGGAAAGGGCUUCCAGAACUGACCAAUGAAAAUGGACAGUAUUGCCCUUUUAGCUGUGAAACUCAGGCGUGGUCGAUUGGCGUUAUCCUUGAAGUCCUUUAUGACUUGUAAAAGUUUAUUUUGAUUGAUUUGAUUAAAUUUCUGUGGUCUUAUUGGGCAUAAAUGAACACUUGGCUUACACUGUCAGGGAAAAGUCCUGUUAUGCACAAUCACUUCAACUGUGCCCUGAGUUUCAAAGAUGCUGAAUGCCAGCAGCUCCUGGGCCCUAUAACUGCAUGGGGCUUGAGUUAUUUUUUUUGAAGAUCAGGCCACAGCAAUAAAACAAAACUGCAGUGCACACUUGUUGCAGAAACUCUUAUGAAGGAGAAAUCUUAAGAAUAUGCACAGAUUUAAGUAGCUUUGGUUUUUUAGGCUUCUCACAUCAAAAUACUAAUGUUACAAAGUGGCUUUUUCCUGAGCCAAAACCAAGUAGCACAGCUCUUACAUUUGUUUUGUUGUUGUGUUUUUUUCACCUUUGUCUCUUAAAGGGCAGAUGGAUGUUUUGCAACUGCAUGCUUAAAGGGGAGUAGAUUAAUCUAUAGCUGAGUUUGGUAUGCUUUGUUCUGUAGCACCAUAGAUUAUUGAAGGGAUAAUACGUUGUCUCUCAGUUGAACUGUUGUGGGCAUCUUUUUGGGGUGUGUGUUCAGUUGACCCCUCCAUUAAGCAACCACAGAAACAAACAUUAGGAAUACUGUAAUAAACCAACCUCUUGGAGUUACAUUUAAAACCUUCCAAAUGUUUAAACUACUUUGAGAGAGUUAACUGAAACAACAAUGAGGUAAUAUCCUAUGCUAACCUAUUUCUGAAUUUAUUUAAAUGCUACUGUGGGUCGUGUAGCAAACCUGUUUCUGCAUUUGAACCGUUCGUAAGAAACGUGUGUGUGCAUACAGUGCACAGCCUGUAUGUUAGGGAAGGCUAAAGACACAGAAGUCAAUGUGCUUGACUAAUUAAUUUAUUGAAGAGUUAUGGUCAUGUCAGCCUUCUAGGAAAAUCCUAGCUCUGUUGAAGCAGGUAGAAACAUUUAACAUUAAUGGGAAGAGGUAUUAGAGAGGCUGAGGUUUGUAGGCCUUUUGAAAUCAGUGAUAAGAAUAAAAAUGCUACCUCUAUGUGUUCUUUGAUGAUAGCGUCCAGUGAACACAAAAUACAUGAAUGUUCUUUCAUAUUUGGAUGCCUGCAUGCCUGUGUUGAGUUCAGUUCAGUGCUCCCAAGAUGAAGCCUGGCUGAUUUUACUUGGUAAUUCUCAAUUCUCUGUUGAUACGAAUUUCCAUCUUAGUGCAAUAAAUAAGCAGGGAGGAGGCUCACAACAGUUCCCACAUCACAAGAUAAAGCAAAACUGGUAACUGCAUUUCUUAAUGUUAGCCAAUGUAUGCUGGCUGGAAAAAAUAUACACAGGUGGCAAUUACAAUGCACUAUUAACACGUAAGUCAAAUUCUAUUUUAUCUGUAUUGUAAAGUUUCCAUCCCCUGUCUAAGGUACACUGUAAGUGUGGUUUCUGGUUCAGAUGAAUACAAAUAAGGGCAGGUAAAUAGGCUGAAGAUGGGUGUCUAUGUUGAAAGGUUGUUAAGUAUUUCAGCUCCCUUGCUGAAGUGUUUGGUCCUUAGACCUUCUCUAAUCCUAACUUCUAUAGUGUACCUCAAGUUUUGAGCUGCUGCAGUAAAUGGGUUGGGAAACUUCUAUUUUCUUGACACAGUGCAUGAGAGAUAUUGGUCAAAACUGUUGCUGAAAUGUCAGCCACAGGCACUUAGUAUUUUUUUUAACAUGUAAGAAGCAUAUAAAGCAUUUUUCAUUAUGUACUGAACUUCCAGAAACUCUUGGUAAUCGUAUUGAGGUUUGUGUCCUGCUGUAUCACUGGCUUGUUACUGAUCUCCUAUGUAAUGAUUUCUGUUAUUUCAAGGGAUGUCUUAUAGCUGUGAUGGUUUAGAAAGCUGGGAAAAUAUGGCAGGUGAAAACAUUUUAAGUGCAUUUUAAAAGCUAUGACUUGGAAAAAAAAAAAAGGCAUUUCCAGAAAGUGUCAAAUUAUAUACAUUGACAUUAGCACUUUCAGUGUUGGGGAAAAAAAAUCAGAAAUCACUCAUCAACACCCUCCUGCAUUAAUCACAGAUUAAUUUCCACUGGUUUGCAAGCUGCACUGCUUGUAGGGACUGCAUAUUUGUCACUACUACAUGGGGUUUUUUUCUACUUUAAGAGUAAUAUUUUAAAGAUGAAUCACCACCAUGUACACAAAAAUGCAUAUAUUAUGAACUUCUAAACGUGCCCACUGACAAAGUUGCUUCUGCACUGAUUAGUUUACAUAGUUUUAGCGGCAGAUGAAUAUUUUUAAAUAGGAAAAAAUGUAUUGCAUUGGUUGGCUUUGCUGUUAAGUAGCAACAAAAGUAACUAUGGAGGUUUUAACCUCAAAGUAACUAUUGAGGGAGGGUUCCUGGUGGUUUCUUGGCUUUGUGGGCUUUUUUUGUUGUUUGGGGUUUUUUUAUCACAAGGCUACUAAACAAUUUGUCGAGCCAGACAGUUUAAAAAUGAAGAGGGAGGAAAGCAAUGUUAAAUCCAACAUUUACAUGAGCUGGUAUUCAUCUAGAUAAAUUUCAUACCUGAGUCAUUGUCCCCUAAAAAUAGCCAGCUUAGUUGACUGAUCUUGAACUGUAUUAUCAUUCAUGAGUAUAAUUGAUGUUACACACUCAAAAACCUCCAGUAAUGUCAAACUAGGAUCAGUAAAUAUAUGUUUUAAAAAUAAAGAGCCUAGUCAAGAGCUGAUAAACCAUUGUGUUCCAGUUGGUGUUUCCUGAUUUAUUUUUUUUCUCCCCUUCCUCUCUAUUUAAAUAAUUUCGACUGCUACCACUGUUUGUACAGUUAAUAGCUUCAGGUUUAUUCAAAGAUUGACUUGAGAACUCAAGCCAAUAUAAUGUAUUGAUCUUGCACUGCAUGUUGUCAAAUGGAAACAUGAGUUCUACAUGUGUCUGUCUAGCACAGCAGCAACUGAUUUUGGUGAAUGUCAUUACCCAUUUAUUUCUGAAAUGCACAAAAUAAAACUCUUUAAUUCAGUAUUAACCUUU